CUGGGCUCUGAUCUGAGCUACCCUCUUCAGCUUUUGCGUGUCCUGGAGAAUCCAGGUGUCUCUAGAGCUUCCUCUGUCACCCUGUGACCUGCAGGUGCCGGGAGAUUUGUAGAGACGACACCGGGACAUCCCAGAAGCUGGGAAAUGGAACUGUUGACAUUCAGAGAUGUGUCUAUAGAAUUCUCUAUGGAUGAGUGGGACUGCCUGGACCCUGCUCAGCAGAAUUUGUAUCGGGAUGUCAUGUUAGAGACCUACAGACACCUGGUCUUCCUUGGGUUUGCUGUCUCUAAGCCGGAUCUCAUCACCUGUCUGGAGCAAAGGAAAGAACCCUGGAAGGUGAAGACUCACCAGACAGUGGUCAAACACCCAGUUAUAUCUAAUCAUUCUACCCAGAGCAACUCACAAGUGCUGGGUAUGAAUAUUCUAUUACCAGAGAUAAUCCAAAGAAGAUAUGAAAAUGAUAGCCCUGAGAAUUUCAACUCAAUAAAAGACUGGGAUAGGGCGUGUGAGUAUAAGCAGCAGAAAGUAUGUUCCAAUGGACUAGAUGGAAGUGUAACAGCUAUGCAUGGUAAAACCUACGAAUGCAGUAAACGUUUCAAACUUGUCAGAAAAUUAUCAGAUGUAAAUAGACAUAAGAUGAUACAUACUGGGGAGGUAACGUUGAAAUGUAAAAAAUAUGGGAAAGCCUUAAAACUAUGCUCAAACCUUGGUAAACAUAACAUAACCCAUUUUAUGGAAAAGCAGUACAAAUGUAAAGAAUGUGGCAAAGUCUUUAAAUCUUGCUCAAGACUGUCUAAGCACAGGGAACUUCAUAAUGCAGAGAAAAUCUCCCAUUGUGAGAAUGAUAAGUGUCUUAGCCAAAGCUCAAAAUAUUCUAACCAUGAGACAAUUUAUAACCUAGUGAAACCCUAUAAAUGUGAAGAAUUUGGCAAAUCCUUUAACACUUCCUCAUGUUUCUCUGUACAUAAAAGAAUACAUUCUGUGAAGAAAUCCUAUAAAUGUCAGGAAUGUGGAAAAGCCUUUAAUCAUUGCUCACAACUUUUUAUACAUAAAAUAAUUCAUUCUGGAAAGAAACCUUUCAAAUGUGAAGAAUGUGGGAAAUUAUUUAACAGUUCCUCACAUCUGUCUAUACAUAAAAGAAUUCAUUCUGGAGAGAAACCCUACAAAUGUGAAGAAUGUGACAAAGCCUUUAGCGAUUCCUCAAUCCUUUCUGCACAUAAAAGAAUUCAUUCUGGAGAAAAACCCUACAAAUGUGAAGAAUGUGGAAAAGCCUUUAACCAGCACUCACACCUAUCUGCACAUCAAAGAAUUCAUUCUGGGGAGAAACCCUACAAAUGUGACGGUUGUGGAAAAGCCUUUAAGAAUUCCUCAACACUUUCUACACAUAAAAGAAUUCAUUCUGGAGAGAAACCUUACAAAUGUGAAGAAUGUGGCAAAAGCUUUAACCAGUACUCACACCUUUCUGCACAUCAAAGAAUUCAUUCUGGGGAGAUACCCUACAAAUGUGAAGGGUGUAGAAAAGCCUUUAACAAUUCCUCAACCCUUUCUACACAUAAAAGAAUUUAUUCUGGACAGAAACCCUACAAAUGUGAAGAAUGUGGAAAAGCCUUUAACCAACACUCACAUCUAUCUGCACAUCAAAGAAUUCAUUCUGGGGAGAAACCCUACAAAUGUGAAGAAUGUGGAAAAGCCUUUAACGAUUCCUCAAACCUUACUAGACAUAAGAGAAUUCAUUCUGGAGAGAAACCCUGCAAAUGUGAAGAAUGUGGAAAAACCUUUAACCAGUACUCACACCUUUCUGCACAUAAAAGAAUUCAUUCUGGAGAGAAACCCUACAAAUGUAAAGAAUGUGGAAAAGCCUUUAACGAUUCCUCAAACCUUUCUAGACAUAAGAGAAUUCAUUCUGGAGAGAAACCAUGCAAAUGUGAAGAAUGUGGCAAAACCUUUAACCAGUACUCACAACUUUCUGGACAUAAAAGAAUUCAUUCUCGAAAGAAACCCUACAAAUGUGAAGAAUGUGGGAAAGCCUUUAACAAUUCCUCAACCCUCUCUGCACAUAAAAGAAUUCAUUCUGGAGAGAAACCCUACACAUGUGAAAAAUGUGGCAAAGCCUUUAACUGUUACUCAGCAUUAUCUAAACAUAAGAGAAUUCAUUCUGGAGAGAAACCCUACAAAUGUGAAGAAUGUGGCAAAACCUUUAACCAAUACUCAAACCUUUCUAGACAUAAAACAAUUCAUUCUGGAGAGAAACCCUAUAAAUGUGAAGAAUGUGGAAAAGCCUUUAACAAUUCCUCAACACUUUCUACACAUAAAAGAAAUCAUUCUGGAGAGAAACCCUACAAAUGUGAAGAAUGUGGCAAAGCCUUCAACUGGUACUCAGCCUUAUCUAAACAUAAGAGAAUUCAUUCUGGAGAGAAACCCUACAAAUGUGAAGAAUGUGGAAAAGCCUUUAACAAUUCCUCACACCUUUCUAGACAUAAGAGAAUUCAUUCUGGAGAGAAACCCUACAAAUGUGAAGAAUGUGACAAAGCCUUUAGGGAUUCCUCAACCCAUUCUACACAUAAAAGAAUUCAUUCUGGAGAAAAACCCGACAAAUGUGAAGAAUGUGGAAAAGCCUUCAACUGGUACUCAGCCUUAUCUAAACAUAAGAGAAUUCAUUCUGGGGAGAUACCCUACAAAUGUGAAGGUUGUGGAAAAGCAUUUAACAAUUCCGCAACCCUUUCUGCACAUAAAAGAAUUCAUUCUGGAGAGAAACCCUACAAAUGUGAAGAAUGUGGAAAAGCCUUUAAGGAUUCCUCAACGCUUUCCGCACAUAAAAGAAUUCAUUCUGGUGAGAAACCCUACAGAUGUGAAGAAUGCGGCAAAGCCUUUAACUGGUACUCAGCCUUAUCUAAACAUAAGAGAAUUCAUUCUGGAGAGAAACCCUACAAAUGUGAAGAAUUUGGCAAAACCUUUAACCAGUACUCACACCUUUCUGCACAUAAAGAAUUCAUUCUGGAGAGAAACCCUGCAAAUGUGAAGAAUGUGGAAAAGCCUUUAAUGAUUCCUCAACCCUUUCUGCGCAUAAAAGAAUUCAUUCUGGAGAGAAACUCUACACAUGUGAAAAAUGUGGCAAAGCCUUUAACUGUUACUCAGCCUUAUCUAAACAUAAGAGAAUUCAUUCUGGAGAGAAAGCCUACAGAUGUGAAGAAUGUGGCAAAACCUUUAACCAGUACUCAAACCUUUCUAGACAUAAAAGACUUCAUUCUGGAGAGAAACUUUACAAAUGGGAAUACUGUGGCAAAGCCUUUAACCAGUUCUCACACCUUUCUGCACAUAAAAGAAUUCAUUCUGGGGAGAAACCCUACAAAUGUGAAGAAUGUGACAAAGCCUUUAAUGAUUCCUCAACCUUUUCAGCACAUAAAAGAAUUCAUUCUGGAGAGAAACUUUACAAAUGUGAAGAAUGUGGCAAAGCCUUUAACAAGUACUCACACCUUUCUAUACAUAAAAGAAUUCAUUCUGGGGAGAAACCAUACAAAUGUGAAGAAUGUGGCAAAGCCUUUAACCAGUACUUAUCCCUUUCUGUACAUAAAAGAAUUCAUUCUGGAGAGAAUCCUUGUAAAUGUGAUGAAUGUGGAAAAGCCUUUAACAAGUACUCACACCUUUCUAUACAUAAAAGAAUUCAUUCUGGGGAAUUCAUUCUACAAAUGUGAAGAAUGUGGAAAAGCCUUUAACCAGUACUUGUCCCUUUAUGUACAUAAAAGAAUUCAUUCUGGAGAGAAUUCCUGUAAAUGUGAUGAAUGUGGAAAAGCCUUUAAGCAGUAUUCACACCUUUCUAUACAUAAAAGAAUUCAUUAUGGAGAGAAACCCUACAAAUGUGAAGAAUGUGGAAAUGCCUUUAAUUGUUACUCAACCUUUUCUAGAUAUAAGAGAAUUCAUUCUGGAGAGAAACAGUACAAAUUUGAAGAAUGUGGUAAAUCCUUUAACCAGUACUCACACCUUUCCACACAUAAAAUAAUUCUUUCUGGGGAGAAACUAUACAAAUGUGAAGAAUCUGGAAAAGACUUUAAUGAUUUCUGACACCUUUCUAGACAUAAGAGAAUUCAUUCUGGAGAUAAACCCUCCAAAGGUGAAGAGCGACAAAGCCUUUAACCAAUAUUCACACGUUUCUGCACAUAAAAGAAUUCAUUCUGGGAAGAAACACUACAAAUGUGAAGAAUGUGGCAAAGCCUGUAUCUGGUCCUCAACCCUUUCUGUAAAUAAAAGAAUUCAUUCUGGAGAGAAACCCUACAAAUUGAAUAACGUGGAAAAGCCUUCAACUAUUCCUCAACCCUUUCUGUACAUAAAAGAAUUCAUUCUGGCUAGAAAUCCUAUAUCCUAUGAAUGGCAACAAUGUUACAAAUUCUUUAACGAGUACUAACACCUUUCUAUACAUAAAACAAAUUCAUUCUGGAGAGAAACAUUACAAACAUGAAUAGUGUGGCUUUAAGCCAGAAAUCACAGUUUUCUGUACACAGUAGAAUUCAUCCUGACCAGAAAGGCUAUAAAUGUGAAGAAGGUGACAAGGGUUUAACUUCUGCUCAAAGCUUUCUGUAUGCAGUUUAUGACAGGGAAAACUACAACUGUGAAGACAGUGUCGAAUCUUAUCAACAGGAUACACACAUUCCAGUACAGAACAGAUUCGUACAGAUAUUCUACAAUUGUGAAAAAUAUGACAAUGUCUUUAAAUAUUUCUCAUACUUUUGUAAUCGUAAUUCAUAUGAAAGAAAUUCUCUACAAAUGUCAGUGAUGUCUUAAAGUUGUGUUUAUCCUGCUUGGUAGGGCUAGAGAGAGACAGGGGAAGAUCAUUCUAAGGCAUCCCUUGUCCAUAAUGAGAAAAAAUAAAGUUACCAGAGUGGGCUGUCAAGAAAGAAAAGCAUUUCAGGAAGGCUUUCUAAAACUGAACUGAUGUUUCCUUUACAAAAAUGACUCUCGAGGUAGACAGGCACCAGUGUGGUGAUAUGGCCAAGGCCAGAAAAGUGGGUCUUCGCAGCAUGCAUACAAGUAAGGUGACAGUAGCCUCAAGGGACCCAUUUUCAUAAACACAGUAAAAUUUCCCUUGUAUCACAGUUUACAGACAUAAACUGCUUUAUAGGGAUAGAAAUGGGAGGACUCUCCAUUUGGAAAUUCCCCCCCCCUUCCAGUAAAAAUAGUAAAUGUAUUACCCCAACCACCACUUAACAUAGAUUUGGAAAAUUAUCUUGAAAAUUAUUUGGAAAUCUCACUAACCCAGGGUGUUCUCCACUUGAUAAGGUAGAUGUCUCCCUUCUCUGGAGUGUACU